GUAUUUGUUGCAUAAAAAUAUUGACAAACAUACUGAUAUGCGCAAUAGACGAAUCCUGAGAGGUGGAGGGCAUUCUCACAGAACCGUAGGUCGUGACACGAUGGAAUCGCUUCAUAAGUUACUCAGCAAGUGGAGCUGAAUAUUCUUGCAGAGACGUUGUGACAGAUGGUGAGCUGUCGAAUAUUUUAGAAUAGACAGUGGUUUAGGCACCAACAGGGGAAAAAUAAGCCGAAGCGAAGCUGUGGACGGCAAUAACUUGGUUUAUGAUGAGAGGUGCAACAUGAUGUGAUGUUCAGGGAAUGACAACCUGUGCCAUUUUUCGUGGACGAAUAAAGAAACAAAAUCUAGUUGUAGUGCAGAACAAUACUGGUUAUAUUGACAGAUUGUACCACGAACAAUUGUAUACAAUACUUCGCAACUUCUCAGCGUGGCUCAAUAAUUUUUCACCAACAUAGCAGUACAUGAAGAAUUGCAUGUACAAAGCACAUAUUCUUGCUCCCCAGCUCAUCAUCACACGGUUCACAUUACCCGUUCUAACGUUCGCCAGAACCACAAUUCCUGUUAAAAAAAAUCAACCUCUGAGUAUGUACCACUGAUGGAUUAAACUACGAUUCUCAUCCCGUGGGAGGGAGUUUUGCUACUUUUAUACAUAAGGGGGAUUAAAAAAACUGGUGAAAAUCGUGUUACCUGACGUGCAUAUGAGAACACUAUUGGUCAAAAGUUCCGAGAGGAUGAUCAUAUUGGCUAAGAGGAAUGUUAUUCCACUAAAUCAGUCAGGAAAGCACGCGGUUCAAGGCAAUUGCCCUGGACUUUUUAAAUUUUUCAAAACAGCAUUAUGAUUGCAAUAAUUACCUCAUACUUAUGGAAUAAAUGAUGAUCGAUACUGGGGAGGAUCGACUUUCCACAGCAAGUUACUUCAAAUAUUGAAGAGUAAUUUUGCUAAUGUCCAAUAAAUAUGGGAAAUGCAAUAACAGUGGUAUCGAUCUAAUAUUAUGUGAUGAGACACACACAUCGGAUUGUCUGGUAUUUUUCCUUCGGCCAGUCAGUUCAGUGUCAUCGCUCUGGAACCACCACCAGACCUAUCGAAAUUAUCAUGAAGUUUGCGAAUUACAUUGUGUUAAUUUUAUUAAUUUUCUCCAGGCUAUGCAUCAUAAAGUCUCACUUGAUGAACAUGACAAAGUCUCAGCAAAGUGAUCUAAGAAUCGACAGUUUAGGUCGCCUACUCAGCUACAUUUUCAAAGAGUAUUACAGUGGAUGUGAUAUAAAAAUAAUUUACGAUGACAAGACCAUUGAACAGCAGCCUGGCGUGCUCCAGGGGUUGUACAGCAGUCUAUCCUUUGGCUCGUUGAUUCAGAGAAGUGCAGAUGCUGCGCUCAACCAGACGCCCAGAGCGAUCAAGGACAAGUGUUACAAUUACCUCAUCUUUUUGAAUGAUGUCUACUCUAUCGGGAAUGUUAUUGAAGAGGAAACUGUGAAUAAGGUUCUACUCGUAACCGAAUCAACACCUUGGACAGUCAAAGAGUUUCUUAAGAGCUUUAUAUCGAGAUCCUACACAAAUUUGGUUAUCAUCACCCAUAGUAUGAGUAGACGAACUGAGGAAGGAUCAUUCCUCCUGUACACUCAUCGGCUGUAUACGGAUGGAAGUGGUUCCAGUAAACCAGUUCUUUCAACAUCUUGGAUAAGGGACCACAUGACACACAAGAAUAUUGAUCUAUUUCCAGCGAAGCUCAGCGGAGGCUUCAAGGGCCACAGGCUAUUAAUAUCCACCGCCCACAAGCCGCCCUUCGCAAUCAGAACAGAUCGAGUUAGUCAUGACCAGAUUGGUUGGGAUGGAAUUGACAUCAGAAUGAUAAGGCUCCUGGGAAAGGCUCUUAAUUUCACUGCUGACUUUCGAGAUCCCACAACUUCAACAAGCCCUGUGUACGCAGCACUAAUGGAUGUGGAGAAACGUGAGACGACACUAGCUAUCGGUGGCAUUUACCGGACAAAUAAUGUGACAGCGAGAUUCGACAGUUCAUUCUCCCACGUGGAGGAUUGUGCGGCCUUCAUAUCAGAGGCAUCCUUGGCCCUGCCGAAGUACCGUGCCAUAAUGGGCCCCUUCCAAGGAGCCGUCUGGGCCCUGGUAGUCAUUGCUUAUGUCAUUGCCGUUAUUCCACUCACUACCAACACAAAUUACAGUAUAUUAUCCCUGGUUACUCAUCCCUCGAGAUUCAUGCACAUGUUUUGGUAUGUCUUCAGUACAUUCACCAAUAGUUUCGUCGUUAAGAAUCCACUUUUGGAUGCCGGAAUUGCUAAAAAUUCAACGUCACUUUUAAUUGGUAUUUAUUGGGUUUUUACGAUCAUCAUCACGUCGUGCUACACUGGCUCGAUUAUGGCCUUCAUCACAGUGCCCGUGUUUCCGGAACCGAUUGAUACACCUGAGCAAUUGCUCGAGGAGAAUUACGAAAUAGGAACUCUAGAUCACGAUGGGUGGGAGGUUUGGUUCAACUGGACGCAAAUCGAUGAACCAGUGGCAAAAAAAUUAUUGAAAAAUCUGCAGUACGUUUCAACAGUCAAAGCCGGCAUUGGAAAUAUCACAGCGGCGUUUUUCUGGUCCUACGCAUUUAUUGGCUCUAAAAUUCUUCUUGAGUACAUCGUUCAAGAGCAGUUCACACCCAGCUGGACUACGAUGAGAUCACCAAUGCACAUAAGUAAGGAAUGUCUCUUAAAUUUCGGUGUAACUUUCGUACUUCCGAAGGACUCGAUUUACACCGAAGAAUUCAAUAAGGUUAUUAUCCGGGCACGACAAUCCGGUCUCGCUCAAAAGAUCAUCAGAGACGUUGAAUGGGAUGUUCAGAGAACAGCGGAGGGUUUAUUACUCCCGGUAUCGGUGGAGUAUAAAAGCCGGAAAAUCCCAGUGCAGGAUCGAUCAUUGGCUCUCGAUGACACACAAGGAAUGUUUCUCCUUCUCAGUGCCGGGACUUUACUCGCAUUUUUGACUCUCUCCAUUGAGUGUUGCGUUUAUUUGUGGAGGAAGAGACAUUUGAAAGAUGUAGGACAUAAAACGGAUGUAUCCACGAUAGUGUCAGAAGCUACAACGCCGAAGAUGAAUCAUUUCAGGGGUCUUGAUAUGUGGGCACCUGACAGAUUGACGCCGAGACGCCGAAGAUUUAGUAUAAAUAGUAUUUAGUCGAGUAAUUGACUGGCACUAAAGACAGGGCUGACAGCUGAACUUGAAUUGAAUAUAUUUGCAUGAAAUGGAAUUGUUAUUAGAAAUUUUUCUGUCCCAGUGUAAGAGAAUUUUUAUGGGUAAGGAAUAAACAAAUCUAAGAAGAUAAUGAUAUCGUACGCUCCUGCCGAGACUUUCGAAACUUAUGGUAAAGUUUUUCCACUGGGAAAAUUCA